UUGGAGUUACUUUUCUUUCCUUCAUGGACCCACGGCCAGACUAAGGUCCCUAGAUCAUGGAGGCAUAGAGUUUCCUUUUAUCCUUUUUUUUUCUAGAAAGCAACUACUCUCGAGCUCAGGGUCCCGCCCGGCUUUUUGUGGACGCCGCGCGGAAAAUGAAAUAUGGCAGUCAUGGACGACUGCCUUUUUACUUCCUUCUGGUGAGCGGUGAAAUCUCGUGCUGUUGUGGCGGUGUGUUAUAUGUUUCCGUCGGCCAAAAUAUCAAAGCAACUGCGAACGACGACUGCUGAUGUCAGGCCUCCGAGUCCCAUCGCCUACGGUUUCCUUUUUGCCGUCUGAUGCCUGGACGAUCAAUUUCUACCGCACUUCCUGAGCGCGGCACGCCGAAUUUAUCGGCAGGUCGGCGGAAACGGCCUUCGUAAGAUGGAGGCCCACCUUGUAUCUCAGCGAUCGAUCUUUCAUGCAGAUUGCCUGCACAACUUUGCUGCCCUUGACAAUACAGACAUCUGUGGUGUGGAUCAAGGUCCACUGUGGAUUUUCAUUCCGAACGAUUUCAGCGGGAGCCGAAGCUGGCAGAUUACCUUUUUCAAGUGUCUCAUUCUUGUGCUACUCACAGACAGAGGCAUUCAGCAUGCAAAAACAAGAUGACACAACCACCCUGGAAGUACUAUUGCUUUCCUGUUGUGUUGCUUCCGAGGGUUGUCCUUCUGGUUCUCAUUAUAUGGCCACUGUGGGACCAUUAGGCAUAGCAGGUGUCUUCUGAAUGUGUAAGGAACACGGAAUGCUCAUAGCUUCAAAGAUGGUGCCGACACCAUGCGCGCCUGUCUCGUGAAAACGCCAAAUUUUUGCGGACACCAAUGAGUCUUAUUCAUAGCUCUUCAGCAGCAGAAACUCAAAAAGAUUAUUUUCACUGAUUAUGCACCAUCACAGACAGGGUAAGUGUUGAAAAGCCACAGAACCUCAACAGGUAUCCGCCGAUAGCUCUCGUUAUUAUCUCCAAACCAAGCCGUCGCUGCUGCGCUCCGUUCUAAAGAUAUUUGGCAUGUUCUAAAGGUCCCAUCUUUUAUCUGCAGGGUGUCAACAUUGUUUGGGUGGCACCUCAUUCCCACAAGUACUGAAUAAGUGGAGUUUCUUGCGAGCUGGCGAAAGACUGUGAAUUUUGGUGUAACACUCUGCAGUGCAGCGUUUCAUAUAAACAUUCUUUACCUGAAAAAUUAUUGCAGAAAUGUGUAACACGGCUAAGAGUUAUGCAUUAAUGCAUGCUUUUGAGUCAGAUAUAGCACAGGAAAUGAAUGUUUUUUUUAAGGCAUGCUGCGGAAACCCAUGCUUCAACACAUGAUCUAACUGCAUUGUGCAGUGGCACUACAGCCACUUGGGCUAACGUUUUUAUCUGAUAACUUCUAUGGAUAAAAUGCAUAUAUAUUCAGGAUUAUUGCAUAUGAUAUUAUCGCUUAAAAGGCAUAUUUUUGUGUUUACUCUGUGCAAAGCAUUAUUAAUGUACUUACAAUGUUCACGUGUUUCUUGAAAAAUUUUCUAUUAAAGUUUCUAUUUUUCACA